CAACUGGGCAGAGGGAUCCUCCUCCUGGCAUCACUGCUGGGAACAAGUGAAGGCUCAAGGUGCAUGCAGAUAAGACAAGUCAGCAAAGGAGGAGAAAGAUGAAAACAAAGAGGAAGAAGACAGGAAAGUGGAUAUAGAUUCACCUGAACCUCAUGAAGUUAGAGUAGCAAGAGAAGAGAUCAACCUGCUGCUGGCAGAGCAGCGCAAGAUGGUGGCCCUGAGGGUAAGGAGGUGAAGGUGUCCCUAUGGUUAUGAGCCUGACACCUGCUUGGCCAGCAACAGCAUAACUUGGAGAGGUUCUUGUAGUUUUGGGCUGGCAUUGCAAAAGCAGCAUGGUGUCUGCACUGCACCUGGACUCCUCAAUACUUUGGGCUGCUGAAGGAAGCAGCACGGGAAGACUGAUGUUUGCAUCCUGCCUCUGUGGUGGCUACUAAUAGUACAAGCAAAACACUUUGUGUAGGUGUGACUUUAAUCUCAGCAUGAAGGAUACAGCAGAGAAUUGCUCAGAUCCUUCCCAGGAAGCCAAACUGCCUUGACAACCCCCUACAUAGUUUUUUCAGGCAGAGCUGGAGCAGCAGUUAGCAAACGCCAAGGAAAAAACCUCCCAGAUGGAGGAGUUCUUCCGCAGACAAAUCUCCAGUGAGGAUCAGCAGGAGGUGCUAAGGCUCCUCUGCAGAGCCCACGAAUUUGAGCUUGGCAACACAGAGCUGCAGACAACUAGGCUGUACAAGGAGAAUCUAUUAUGCCAGAAGGAUUUUGUGAUCCAGUAACUGCAGAAGCACGUGCUGAUCUGCGAAGAAAUUAGCUGGCAGCAGCAGAAGCUGUUAAAAGGCCCAUAACAAUUCUCUGCAUGUAAAUCAGUAUCUGGAUUCUAAUACAGAUGAGAUGAGAAAGGCUCUACCUGGGAGCAUAAAGGAUCUCCCCUGGGGGAUAAAGCAGAUGUGCCAUACCCUCCCUCACCCUCGAGUCAGAGAGCUUGAGAACUCACCUAGACAUGUUUCAUCUCUCCCUGUUGAUAAAGAGCCUGCACUUUCCUCCCUUGGCUUCUUGAAGCAUUCUUUUCACAGUGGCAGCUGCAGAUCAUCCAAAACCUCACCCUGUAAGAAGGAGGACAUGCAUCUCAGCCCAACCUUCUCUGGUUUGCCAGAAAGCCCAGUUCAGCAGAAACCAUCAGGUGUUGCUGCAGGCAAAACAACUCCCAGACUGUGUUCCCUCACCUCUCUAAACAUGUAUGAGCAAAAGUCACCUACAGACAUUGAUGCUAUUCCACUGAGUCUGGAAACCUUGGAGGAAAUCACUGCCCCCACCAAAAGCAUCUCCCUCAUUGCAACCAGUUGCUGUCCCAGAGCCCAACACAGAGGUCCUGGGAGCAAAGUCUCCUCAGCCCACUUCUCUGAGGAGCUGAAGAAUCUGGAGGCCAAUUCCACCUUAGACUGUCAGAUAAGAGGCAGUGCACGUACUGGGAGUUUGUUGGAGCCCACAGCUGGAAGCUGGCAGUGCUCCCCCACCAGAGGAGUGCUGAAGAACAGGAGAGAUCAGAUGCCUGAGAGGACAGACAGAAAGAAAAGAGCUCGCUCUCUUGAACCAAACUGCCAUAGAGCAGAGGACAAGCUGACAGAGCCUGUGAGGACCACCAGCACCAAGCCAGACUCUUCCAUCACUCAAAAGCUGCAAGUAGCAUAUCCAUUGCCACAAAGGUUCCUACUGGCCACCAUUCAGAGGGGACCCCACAGGAGGUGCUGCCAAAAGAAAACACUCCUGCAAGCACCAGCCCACAGAGCAACGCUGCUCACCUCAAUGGACGGGUCCUGCAGAAGCAAGUCAAGAGUGGUUCUGAUCAUUGCACUGAGUAAAUGACUCAAGUGCCCCAAACAGGAGCAGCUUCCCUCCUUGCUCUGCUGAAGGAUCUAAGGUGACAAACUCAGGCUCCUGAUCUGCAGCACCAUGCUGAGUCCCAAGCCUCACUCUGCAAGCCAGGGGUGACUGCAGGUGAGCUCCAGCUAUCGCAGUAGGUGUCAGGAUGACCAAAGCACGGCUCCUCCGUCUCUCUGUGGUGCUGGUCUCCGUCUUCAUGAUCCUCCUGAUCAUUGUGUACUGGGACAAUGUAGGAACGGCUCACUUCUACCUGCAUACAUCCUUCUCCAGACCUCAUUCCUCAGGAGCUAUCCCUGGUAUCACAGCAGGUGAAGGCUGGGAAACCUUGCCAGAUGUGGAUGAAUUUUUGGCCAAGCUGCUUAGUUCCAGCCUGAAACAGAACGGCUCCGUUCCUCGGAAGCCGGAGCAGCUACUCAUCCAGGGCUCCAGCAAGCCUGCGGUGAGCAAUUUGGAGGAGAACGUGCGAGGCUACGACUGGUCAGUGCACAGUGACAAAACCAGCUUGGACCAAGAGAAACUGCAGAUUGAGAGGCAGAGAACGUUGCGGGAGUUUUGUGCCAAUUCCAGCCUCACCUUCCCCACCAAGGAGCGCUCUUUUGAUGACAUCCCAAACUAUGAGCUCAACCACCUGAUCGUGGAUGACCGCCACGGCAUCAUCUACUGUUACGUCCCCAAAGUGGCCUGCACCAACUGGAAACGGGUGAUGAUUGUGCUGAGUGAGAGCCUGCUGGACCAGGGGGUCCCGUACCGGAACCCCCUGGAUAUCCCCCGAGAACACGUCCACAACACCAGCACUCACUUGACCUUCAACAAAUUCUGGCGCCGCUAUGGGAAGUUCUCUCGGCACCUGAUGAAGAUCAAGCUGAAGAAGUACACCAAGUUUCUUUUCGUGCGAGACCCUUUUGUCCGCCUCAUCUCUGCCUUCCGCAGCAAGUUUGAGCUGGAGAACGAGGAGUUCUACCAGCGCUUUGCCAUCCCCAUGCUGAAACUCUACUCCAACCGUACCAACCUCCCCACCUCUGUUAGAGAGGCCUUCGAGGCGGGCCUCAAAGUCUCCUUUUCUGACUUCAUCCAGUACUUGCUGGAUCCCAGGACAGAGAAGAUGGUCCCCUUCAAUGAGCACUGGAGGCAGAUUUACCGCCUGUGCCACCCGUGCCAGAUAGACUACGAUUUCAUCGGGAAGCUGGAGACGCUGGACGAGGAUGCUGCUUACCUGCUGCAGCUCCUCAAAGUGGACAGGCUGCUUCACUUCCCCCCCAGCUACCGCAACAGGACUGCCAGCAGCUGGGAAGAUAACUGGUUUGCCAAAAUCCCGCUGGCUUGGAGGCAGCAGCUCUAUAAGCUCUAUGAAGCAGACUUUGUACUUUUUGGCUACCCUAAGCCAGAAAACUUGCUCAAAGACUAAGUGUGAUUGGGUGGUGGGUGUGGGAGGGGACAUCUGAAAUACCAAAAAUGUUUAAAGCCUCCUUUUUUUUUUUUUUUUUUUUGCUCUUUUAACUCUUUCCCCCCCCCCCCCCCAGACAGGUUGGUACAAUGGAAUAUAUUUUUUUGUCUACUGCUUCCCCUUCCACGUUUGCAAUAAUGCCAGAGUCCAGGGUACUCCAGCCAGCCCUGCAUAUGCAAAAAAAAAAAAGUCAGGUUUUGGUUAUCAUUUGUUUUCUGUUUGUUGUUUUUGGGGUGGGGUUUUUUUGUUGUUUUGUUUUUUUUAAAGCAUCCCCACGUUUUGCAGUGGGUUGCUGCUCUUGGUCACUCUGCCAGCCGUGUCCUUCAGUAGCUUUUUAUUAAUACUUUUUAAAAAAGAAAUUAAUAUAUUUAAGAUAUUUAAUACAAAGGGUGUUGUGGCAAAGGAAGGGAAGGUGUAAUAGUAAAGAAAUACUUUAAAAGGAAAAAAAAAAGUAAAAGAAAACCCCAAGAAAUGA